AUGCUCAGUAAGAGAGGAUUUAAACUCCGAAAGUGGGCAAGUAACCGCGUAGAAGUCAUAUCACACUUACUAACAGAAGAUAAGGAGCUAAAAGGUUCGCUCGAAUUACAAGAAACGGCAUCUGUUAAAACUCUGGGAAUUCGAUGGUAUCCUGCAGAAGACUACUUCACCUUUAAUUUUCAAGGCUUAUCAGAUACGCAGGACAAAACCAAACGUAUCAUGCUCUCGGAAAUAGCAUCAUUGUAUGAUCCAGUUGGAUGGAUCUCGCCUAUCAUCAUAACAGCAAAAAUAAUUAUUCAGACUCUGUGGAUUGGCGGUUAUUCUUGGGAUAGCAAGGUUUCUUAA